AUGUGUAUAGAAGUACCUGAAGAGACAACCCUAGCAACAUAUAAAAAAUACUAUCCAGAAGAAGAUAAAAUAUCUGACAUUCUUGAUGAUGCUUGUUUAAAGGAGUAUGAACUUAAUUCUAUUCAAGGAGAUAAUCUUUAUAAUAAUGGCAAUAAUUAUGCUAAUGGAAAUGUAAAAGGAAAGAAUGAAAUGAGUAUAGACGUACCUGAAAAAACAAUCCUAGCAACAUAUAGAGAAUAUUAUUCAAUAACAAGAGAUUUAUUGAAAUUAAUUUAUGAGAAGAAUAAUUUAAAAAACUCAAAGAUAUUAGAGUUGGAAAAUGAAAGGUAUCUUCAAUUCAAUUAA